CCAAGGAUGAGAAGAGCUGAAAAUUUAUUGUCGAUAAAUCAAAACACCUGUUCUUGGCAUAACGUCCGGAAAUCGAAUGACUGGGGAAGUCGUAGUACUACAGUCAGAAGGAAAGAAAGGUCUGCUCGCUACUGCUAGUACGGGCACUGCUAGUACGGCCAUGCACUCCAGACACUAGCACAUAGCUAUCUAGCUAUCUAGUCGAUAAACGCCGAUUCCGCCCGGCUCGCUGCUCGCCAACAUUAUUAUUUUUCUCCUGCAUCUUGCAACGCCGGAUAGUAGACGAUGGAGCAGCUGACUUUGGACGCCGGUGGUGGCAUGGAUCCUGGCCCACACUUGUUAGUGGAGAGUGUUAAUCCCAGUGAUCACGAGGAGGAGGAGGAUGACUUUGAAAGACAAACUCCUCCAGCAGGCGGGCAGCCACUGGUCGCACGUGGCGACGCUACAGACAGCGAUGGGAUAGUCCCGAGAGCAGCCUGAUAGUUAUCUCGCUGGAUCCGGAGAGAAAAUCCAGCAUGCGAAAGAGAUCUGGCAGCCACACUCCACCCAGGAUGGGCCGCGAGGCCAGCCCAUUCUUCAACGUGUUGCUGGUGUUUUCCGUAGUGGUGUCCGUGCUAGCUACGUUCACGAUCGGGCUCGGCGCUAAAGUGGAGUUGCAGCUUGGAAACAGUCAUACGCAGUGGUCUGCAUCGCUCUGGUGGGGUGCGAUAGUGAUACUGUGUCUGGCUCUGUUCUAUCUGCUAGUGCAUAUGAGUAUACAGAAAGGAUGGCAAGUGUCACGCUACAGUUUCAUGCUCUACCAAGUACUGUGCCUCAUAGCUCUGGCGGUAACCAUAGCGGCAAUCGACCGUUCCUACGCUACGUACAAGAAUGUCCUGUCCGUUCAAACAGACCAGUGCGUGUUCGUCAACCAGGAGGGUACCUACGUGCCGGCAACCAGUUGCUAUGAUCCAUGUCGAGAGUACCUGAAUCGCACCCUGGGCCAUGCCAACCCACCGUCAGUCUGCUGUUGUUGCAGUAUUAGUCUUCGUGAUGACAACGAGGACAACUUCAUCUACUUCACUCGUGUCAAGGAUUGCUCAGAUGUUGACGCAUCGGAAUCGGAGUUACGCUAUCUGACAAUCUGCUAUAUGGUGAUGUUAGUCAUGCAGUUCAUGGAGUUGCUCUUCUGCCUCGUCGUGCAAUUCUCUUGCUGUGGCGUCAUCGCACCGUGGAGAUACAUGCUAUUGAAUGCUAGUGGCAGGUAUUCCAUCAACUAACUGCAGGUAUUUCUGCACCUUGCACUGCUCUCUCCUCUCCAAAGGAGUAUCGAGUAGACCGUUCGUUCACGGUAGCUGUAUGCUUCCAUGGGGCGCAUGCCAUGCAUCGCAGCUUUGUCAAGUAGAUCCGUUAUUUUGAUUGUGAGCAGCUCUUCACUGGUGAUUGUCCGCUAAAGAUGAGAGCAAUUCUAUGUCAGUCUACUUGUCAUCUUCUUUUACUUACCGGUAUUAUUGUCGAAGAACCUACCUUUCUGCUGUGCUGAAUUGAGUACGAAUAAUUAUAUGAAUCAACUGGGCAACAGGACAGGACAUUUGCGUCUCUUGAUAAGCUCUCUAGUAUUUACGAUUCUAUUUUCACUUUGAACAUGGUCUUGACUGCUUCGAUAUAUUAUGUCCUGUUUCCCCAUUGUUGGUGAUCUGCGGGAGUUAGCGACCGUCGUCAGUUCCCUGGGAAACGGAGACAAUGGUAACUAACCUACUCUCUUUCAGAAAACCGUAUUUGAUGAUUUUUUCUGUAAUUGUUUUUUUUGCUGGAAGAAUAGUUACUAUAAGCGUGACUCGUGGGAAGAGUCUUGGUCAGAAUAGCCAUACUGCUGCUUUCGUUUUUAACUCACAUAAUCUACAGGAGAUUGCUAUUACCCAUUGGCAAGAGAACGGCUACAUGUACAUUGUUUGGUGAAUAUUUCCUCACCGUAGUUUUGUAACUUGUCUUUAGUUUUCAGUGAUAUUUGACAGAAGCUGUUCUUCUUAUCGUCAAUUUCUGGCACACAUCUCCAAAAAUUAUAUUUUAGAGAUUA